UAUUUGUAACUCCAGCUCUUUCUCUGUCCAGAUAUUAAUGAAUGUUCUCAAAGCCCCCCGGUAUGUGGUCCUCACUCAGUCUGCCAAAACAUGAAGGGGAAAUACAAAUGCAGCUGUUUGCCUGGUUUCUCUUCUCCCACUGGAAAUGGCUGGAUCCCGGGAAAGCCUGGCAAUUUUGCCUGUACAGACAUCGAUGAGUGUCACACCAGCGGGAUCUGCCCUGAGCAUUCUCACUGUGCCAACUCCAUGGGAAGCUACAGUUGCAACUGCCAAGCUGGGUUCAUCUCUGGCAAGUCCACCUGUGAAGAUGUUGAUGAGUGUUCUCAAAGCCCCCCAGCAUGUGGUCCUCACUCAGUCUGCGAAAACAUGCCGGGCACAUACAGAUGCAGCUGUUUGCCUGGUUUCUCUUCCCCCACUGGAAAUGGCUGGAUCCCGGGAAAGCCUGGCAAUUUUGGCUGUACAGACAUCGAUGAGUGUCACACCAGCGGGGUCUGCCCUGAGCAUUCUCACUGUGCCAACUCCGUGGGAAGCUACAGUUGCAACUGCCAAGCUGGGUUCAUCUCUAUCAAGUCCACCUGUGAAGAUGUUGAUGAAUGUUCUCAAAGCCCCCCAGCAUGUGGUCCUCACUCAGUCUGCGAAAACAUGCCGGGGACAUACAGAUGCAGCUGUUUGUCUGGUUUCUCUUCCCCCACUGGAAAUGGCUGGAUCCCGGGAAACCCUGGCAAUUUUGGCUGUACAGACAUCGAUGAGUGUCACACCAGCGGGAUCUGCCCUGAGCAUUCUCACUGUGCCAACUCCGUGGGAAGCUACAGUUGCAUCUGCCAAGUUGGGUUCAUCUCUAGCGAGUCCACCUGUGAAGAUGUUGAUGAGUGUUCUCAAAGCCCCCCAGCUUGUGGUCCUCACUCAGUCUGCGAAAACAUGCCGGGCACAUACAGAUGCAGCUGUUUGCCUGGUUUCUCUUCUCCCACUGGAAAUGGUUGGAUCCCAGGAAAGCCUGGCAAUUUUGCCUGCACAGAGGUGGACGAAUGUGCCAACCCCGGAGCUUGCCCGGAGCAUGCGACUUGUUCUAACACUCUUGGAAACUACUCUUGCGUCUGCAACCCAGGAUUUGAACCCAGUGGCGGCCCCCUGACUUUCCUGGGCGUCGGGGGAUCCUGUGAAGAUGUGGAUGAGUGCUCCAGGGACUCAACUCUCUGUGGUCCCAAUUCCAUCUGCGCCAAUGUCCCUGGAGCAUACAGUUGCUCCUGCCUGCCUGGCUUCUUUUCGCCCGAUUUUCAGACCCUCAAGGAUCCAGGGGCUUUUGAGUGUGCAGAUAUCGACGAGUGCGCCGCCAGCAGGUGCCCCGCCAACGCGGCCUGCGCCAACACCCCCGGGAGCUACUUCUGCACCUGCCACCCGGGCUUCGCACCAAGCAGUGGACAGCCGAGUUUCGCAGACCAGAGAGUGACAUGUACAGAUGCCGACGAGUGUUCCCAAGAUCCGUCACCGUGCGGGCCACAUUCCGUCUGCACCAAUGUCCCCGGCUCCUACAGCUGCAGCUGCGCGGGGGGCUUUCGCCCCGAUCCGGAAGGCUCCUGGAAACACGGCAACUUCAGCUGUAAAAGAGUUCCCUUCAGGUGUAAGGAAGAUGUGCUAUCCAAUAAUAAACAGGCCCAGCAAUGCCAAGGGGGAGCAGCAUUGAAACCCGAAUAUGUCUCCUUUUGUGCACUGAUUAACGCCACCCUCCUCGUUCUGGACGACGUGUGCGGAAACGAAACCACCGCGGUUUAUCUGGAGAGCACAGCCAACAGCCUUGCUGCUGUUCUUGAACGAACGUCUGCACUGUCCGAAGUCUCCAAGGAAAAGACGUCCGCCCUGGGCACGGCCAUCCUGGAGAGUGUGGAAAGUGCCAUGCUGGCGGCUUUCUGGACCCCUCUGCGGAUCGCCAGUCGGACUAUUCGGACGGAAAAGCUGGACAUCGAGAGCAGAGUUAUGGGCGAAGAAUGCACCGGACAGAGCACGGCGUUUAGACUGAGAGCCAAAGGGGACGAGAUGAAGGUUGGGUGCUCCACCAUUAAGGAAUCCGCUUCCCCAGGGACCGUGGGAGUGGCUUUUGUGUCCUUUGCGGGCUUGGAGUCCGUUUUAGACGAACGCUUCUCCCAAGACCUCCAGAGCCCCUUGGCCAACCCCAGGACAAGACUGAAGAUCAAUUCUCGCGUUAUCGGGGGCGUCAUGACGGGGGAGAAGAAAGAGAACUUCUUAGAGCCGGUGGUCUACACGCUGGAGAACACCCAGCCCAAGCAGGAGUCGGAGAGUCCCAUCUGCGUUUCCUGGAGCGCGGCGGGCGGGAGAUGGACGGCCUCUGGCUGCGCGGUCCAGGAGGCCUCCGCCACCCACACCGUCUGCAGCUGCCGACACAUGGCCAACCUCGCCGUCCUCAUGGCUUCCGGCGAGCUCACGAUGGAGUUCUCCUUGUAUGUCAUCAGCCACGUGGGCAUGCUCAUGUCCCUGGUGUGCCUCAUCUUGGCCAUUGCCACCUUCCUGCUGUGUCGCUCCAUUCAAAAUCGCAACACCUACUUCCACCUGAACCUCAGCGUGUGCCUCUUCUUGGCCGAGAUUCUCUUCCUCGUCGGUAUAGACAAGACCGACAACCAGAUGAGCUGCACCAUCAUCGCGGGUGCCCUGCACUACCUGUUCCUCGCCUGCUUCUUUUGGAUGCUGGUGGAAGCUGUGAUGCUUUUCCUGAUGGUCAGGAACCUGAAGGUGGUGAACUACUUCAGCUCUCGCAAUGUCAAGACGCUGUACCUCUGCGCCUUUAGCUACGGACUGCCCGCGCUGGUGGUGGUUGUCUCCGCCAGCGUACAUCCGCGGGGCUAUGGGAUGCAUGACCGCUGCUGGCUGGAUACCAAGAGAGGGUUCAUCUGGAGCUUCUUGGGGCCGGUUUGCACCAUCAUAACGGUCAACUCGGUCCUCCUGACUUGGACGCUGUGCAUCCUGAGGCAGAAGCUUUCCAGCGUCAACGCAGAAGUCUCGACGCUAAAAGACACCAGGUUACUGACCUUCAAGGCCUUCGCCCAGCUCUUUGUCCUGGGCUGCACCUGGGUGUUGGGCGUUUUCCAGAUCGGACCCCUAGCGGGUGUCAUGGCCUACCUGUUCACCAUCAUCAACAGCCUGCAGGGGGCCUUCAUCUUCCUCAUCCACUGUCUGCUCAGCCGCCAGGUGCGUGAGGAAUACAGGAGGUGGAUCACCAGGAAGGCCAAGCCCAGCUCCCAGUCGCAGUCCUCGGGGAUCUUGCUGUCCUCCGUGCCAACCUCGUCCAAGACGGGUUAAAGGCCUUUCUCGCUUGCAAAUACGCUACGGAGCCGCCGUUAGGAUAGCAGGUGCCUACUCGGAAAUCUCUUCGCAGCUUCACCUGCAAAUGAAGAAUCCCACCAGCCCCAGAACCCGCCGGGCGACUCAGAGCUUGGGUGGCCGGGGCCGUCUUCCCACGGUUUUACGCGGCGGUGGGAAAUGAGAGUUCCUGCUCCGAAGGACCGUUUUGUCUGCUGUGUUCUGCAAGUCUGUGAAUUUCCAGAGUUUGGGGAAACAACAGGUCCCAGUUCCAUGACAGGACCGAGAACAUCUGUCUCCCUCUAUCGCUGGCGCGAGGUUUCGAGCGUGCUUUGCAGCGUCCGUCAGUGCCUGGCACAGAGCAGCUGUCAAUCAAUGAUCUGUCGUCUAUGUGGCUGAGUUGCCCCAGGACAAAGAUUCUUCCUGCUUUUAAAGACAUGGUCAGUGAGACUGUAGUGACAGCCCCAGGGGACCGAUACAGCACAUGACACACAGGCUACUUGGGCACAAACUUUCCCCCGAUGGUGUUUCCUGUGCCUCGUGCCUGCCCAGCCCCAUCACGGCUUGGACUCGGACAGCUGCAGUAGAAAGGGGGGACAGGGACAGAGGGUCAGUAACAGUGGCAGCGAACGUGAAGUGAGCGUUUACCCUGUCCCUCGCCUUCCAGCUCCUAUCUCAUGGGCCCCUCCCAACACUCCCAAGAAGCAGACUCUGUUCUCAGCCCUGUUGUGCAAGAUGAGGAAACCGAGGGUCAGGGUGGCUGCAGGGCUUCCUCAACAUUACACAACAGCUGAGCGGCAGAGCCCAACAGCUCGCUAUGCUACGCCGCCAGUCUAGCAUUUUCCACGAAGGGCUCCUAUGCAACUUAAAUCGUUGUCCUCUUGCUCCUCUGAGUGAUGCCACGUCUGCUAAACCCCAUAGUCUCGAGGGCCGGAAGGUGGUGGCCUGUUUGGUGCCACAGAGAAGGGAGGGAGUGAUCGUGGUGAGACUCCGCCACUGCGCAUUUGGAAAGAAUCACAGCAAUGUCUUCACACACACAUGCACGCGAAGUCCAAGAAGAGAGAUACUCGAUACUGAAAGUUAAAAGAGGAUAGCUAUCCCAGUGGUCAAGAGUUUCAUGGAGAUUUUGAGCUUUCUGCAAACGAAUUUACCUAUGAAACUUUUUUCUACUGUGACUUCAUGAUCCUUUUAAGCCCAUGUCUCAUUUUGAUUUAGAAAAAAAAAAAAAAUCCCAUGCCUUUCUUUACAUCUGGGUUUCUCCGCCUUGGCAUUACUGACAUUUUGGGUGGAUAAUUUCUUAGCGCGAGGGACUGGUCUUUGUAUUGGAGGACGUGGAGCAGCACCCCUGGCCUCCGCCCACUAGAUGGCAGUAGUACCCUACUUCUUGGUCGUGACAACCAAAAAUGUCCCCGGACACUGCUAAAUAUUCCCCCUUUGGGGUGGGGGGUUCCCAGAAUCACCCCUUGUUGAGAACUGCUGCUUUUAAAUGUCCUUUUUGGUUCCAAAGAAAUUAAACAUUGCAUCUAGAAGCAAAUCAAAA